UCUCGGUAGUGUUGUGGGUCCUUUGAAUAUUUAAAGUUGCUCGAAGUUCAUGAUCUUUUGUAUAAGUACGAAGUAGUUUUUAUUCUUAACCGCAUACCUUCAAAAAGUAUUCAAUUUGGUGUUCCUUAGUUCAACCUCUGAAAGUCUCCAAUCUCUCUCAAAAGUCGAUGCCUCAAAGUGUGCUCUCCAAGUACCUAAUGAAGAGAGUGUCCGAUCACAGACUGGCAGAACUAGAGACACUCUUGGCCCUAUCAAAAAUGAAGGGACAAGUAAUGACAGUCCCCCUUGGCUACGGAAAAGUUGACCCUGAGAGAAUUGGAAGGCGAAGGAGAUCUGUAGGAGGCAAAAGACGUGAUGUAUCCGAAAGAAAACGCUCAUAUACCAGUGUAGAGACGAACUCGCAUAAGUAAUGAGGAGCACUUAAAUUUUGUUGAUUGACCAAUGAAACUUAUUCCUGACAUUGCAUCACGCCCAAUUUUUUUUCUCUACAGCCCUGUCACACGCAGAAUCUCGCUUAUUCAACUUGGGUUCAAGUUAUGAGCCUUCAAGUCCUUAGCCCAGGUCGUCUGGUCACUCAGUUGCUGAUUUUCUGUACGAAAAAUCAUCACGUUUGGACAAUGAUACCUGAACCGAAGCCCUGCCAAUCCUGUCAUCUCAAACCAUACCUAAUGUCGAUGCCGAUCAUCACUGUCACGGAUUCAUCACUGUCACGGAUUCAUCGCUGCCACGGAUUCACCACUGUAACGGAUUUUUAUUCCUACCGGCCUUUUCCGGGCGGUUUGAUUCUUAUUCGGAGCUUACGGCGGCAGUGAUUAAGAAUUAUAUCAAAACACUUUACUGCCCAUGAGCCACUUUGUAAAAUAAGUAGAUGGUAUGGUUACGUCGCAAGUAAAUAGGCAGAUAAUUUAUUGAAUGCAUGAGUACAUACCUUUUAAGUAGGAUGUAAUCUUCCAAAAAAAAAAAAAAAAAAAUUAUACUACUACUAUUUUUUAAAGAAAAAGGUUUUAUACUGCACAUAGAAAUAUACCUAGUAAAAAUUGCAUAGAGUAUAUUUUUACAUUAUUUAUUGUUUCAUUACCUUAGUUAACAUUCUAAUCUUAUUAAUUACAGAAUGUAUCAUUGCAUCCUGUAUAAUAGUCAUUAACAUGCAUUCAUGGAAAUAUUUUUAUUGAAUCAUGAAUUGUCAGAGGAGAGGAUUCGCCUAUUUUUUUCCAUGUGUGCUUUAUCGGAAGUCCUACGUCCAUACAGUCCUACAGUCCUACAGUUCAUAGUCUGAAGUUAAUGUUACGUGAAUACCGUAUGUGUGACGGAAGUUUUAACAUUUUUUUCUCUAAAUCUUAUUUGUACAACUUUGUUCCGUAUGAGAGAUUCCGUCCAAUUAGAAGAGACCAAAAUGUUUUAGUGUUUUUAUUUUAUUAAUUCAAACUGGAUUAAUUUUAGUUUUGAGUUUGGUUAGUACUUUAUUUUUUCAUAUAUUUCUCAAUUCUAAGUGACUGCUAAGUGAAUGAAGUAAAUACUUACGAACUUCUAUAAUUCAAUCAAGUGCCAAUACGAGUUCUGUCAUUCAGAGAAUUUGUAUUUUUCAUCACGUCUAAAAUUGAUGAAAUACCUGACAGGAUAAUUUACUUGCCAUAGGAUACUACUAAAAGUCACGUCGAGUCUAGUCAUAAUUUAUAGUAGCUGUAGAUAAAACUUAGAGAACUAUUAGUAUCCGUUCAUUGAAGUUAACCGCAUUUCUGAUGAGUCAUUUAUAUUCGUAUUGCAGUUACUCCAUUGAUCAUUUUAAUUAUCGUCAUUAAACUAUCUACCUCUGACAUUGUAUUAGCGUAUUAUACCUCAUUUUAAUUAAUCAUUUUUUAUUACAGUAAGGCCCCAAGUUGCUGUUGUUUCUGUAAAACUUAAGAUAAUCGAUAAUGUGCACUAUAAAACGAUGGUUCACUUUACGAGGGUUUUUUACCGUCUCUAGUUGCACUAACCAUAUUACUUAAGAGAAAAAAAAAUAGGAAGAAAAUAAAGAAAAACGUUAAUUUUAUAGCGGAAUAACUCAUAAAAACACUGUCAAAAUAUGCAAAUUAGAGCUCUACCUAUCUGAAUUUUUUUUUUACAAAAAAAACAACAUUGCGCUUUGAUGAGUCUUUAAUCAUUGUAUUUCAGUUAAUGAAAACGGAAUUUUUAAGUAGAUUUUUAGUUUUAAAUGUUGCAUAUCGUAUACUUUGAUUUUAAUUUUGAGGUUUUUGACAAUUUUAAUUCUACUUUUUCCCAUAACGUUUUUUCAACAUCAAUUUUACCCAAUAACGGACAAAGGAAGGUUUCCUACUUCCUACAUUUUAUCAGGUUUUUUUUUUUUUUUUUUUUUUUUUUUUUUUUUUUUUUUUUAAAUUUGAUAGCAAGUCCAAAAUUAAACAGUCAACGCUAAUGGGGAUUGUGUACAUUAUUAUGUCAAUACCUCAUCUCUCCUUGAUAUUAACUCAUACCACUUUAGAUUUUUAUAUUAGUUCAUAAUAUUUCCAAGGCUUCCCAUCCAUAAUCCAGCGUUAAAAACGGCUCCGAGAACGUAACAUGUAGGUUUAAUCCAAUCUUGCAGAUAACGCAGUAUUGCCAUAAAAUUAGGCGAGGUGCUGGAGUGGCGGUUGUAAAGAGAUAAGCGUGCUUAAUUAGCGCCGGAAUUCCAGGGACCGGAAAGUUCUACGCCACUUUGCACGCAGUAUUGGUCCCCUUAAUGACUCAAUGAAGUUUACCGCUUACAGGUGCUGAUUGGACCGAAAACUUUGCAACGAUGUUUAAAAAAACUCGGACCUUGAAAUUUUUCCACGACUUUCCGAGUUAGCGCCAAGUCCCUUCGUUUCACAACUACUUUCCGUACUGAAAAAUGCCCUGCUUCAAAAAAUGCAUAACUCAGCAAAAAUGUCAUUGGAUAUUGCAGCCUUUCAAAGAAAUGAAAUCCGCUCCAUCAAAACCCUCCAACUAACUUUCUGCAGCAAAAACCUCAAUGAAGAGAACGAAAGACAUGUUAGCUGUUCAAUUGGCGUGGAGGCAUUUUGCUGAAAGUGUGUCCCUUUCCAACAAACACUUAUUAUGUUAAAAGCUUUUAAAGUUUUUUAGUUAUAUUUAUUGUUUUUAUAUUUAUAUUUGAUAUGCCUUGAAUAAACUUCCUCAUUAUACAUAGUA